AGCGGCGAGGGUCAGGAGCGCACUCGGUUCGAGGCGAGCGCGGCGGCCGCGGAGGCCCGGCAGUGCGCAGAUCUGCUGUCGCAGGCGCAGUGGCACGUGGCGCGCGCACGCAGGCAGCACGAUGAGGAGCUCACGCUGAGAGACAGGCAGCGAGAGCAGCGCGAGGCCUUCCGCAGGCAACAGGAAGAGGAACGUAAGCGUCGCGAGGAGGAGCAGGCGAAGAGCACUGUGGAGAUGCUGCAGAAGCGACAGGAGUUCAAGGAGAAGACGAAGAACGCGCUGGUGUUCGCCGACAUGCCGGCGGAGGGCAAGGCGAGAGCGCGCGGACGGAGACGCGACGAGUACGUCUCCGACUCGCCCGCCAGUGGCAGCGACGCACCACGAGAAGAACGUCGCGAGGCUAAGCAGAAGAAGAGUCGCAAGCGUGAGGGCGGUGAGAGCCGCAAGGGCAAGUCGCGACGUCGCCGAGACCGCCCCUCGGGCAGCGACAGCGACCCGCCCGCUAAGCGCGGCAGGAAAAAG